CUAUUUAAAUUAAAAGUUGUAUUUAGAUGAAAUUAUUUAUUAUUUAAAGUUUUGUUUGUUAAUAUGUCUAUAAAUUUUCAUUCAUAGCUUAUACAUUUAUAUAUAUAGACUAAUAAUUAAUUAUAUUAUUGAUGGAUUAUUGAUAAAUUAUGAAGGUAAAAGAGGAUAUUAAUGAUGCAGCAUGUAGACAAGCCCUUAUCCAAAAUCCUUAAACCCCAUCAGAAGAGUUUCAUCUGUGCCUCAUCAGCUAUGGCAGCUGCAUCUCCCAGGCUAUCAAAUCCUAAAAAUGAACGCCUUAUGUUUUGUUCAUCAGACGACAAUGCAAAGAUACAUCAAAUUCAGUCCACUCAUGAUCCUGAUGGCCAUGAAUUUUCUUUGAAACCUCUUCUUCAUCUUCUUGAAGACAUUUUCAACCGAGCUGCACCCACUGGCCUGGCUAGCAUUUUUCAUCAACAAGGAGCUCAGCAAGCAAAAUUUCCCGCAUUGGAUGAUAAGGCUCUCCAAGGCUUUGAUGACAUGCUACAUGUUUUGUCAUACACAAUCAAGAAAAUUUCCUGCGAGGCUAGUAUAUGAUUCUUCCCACAGUAUUCAAUUUUACAGGAUUCUGAAUUUCUGAUGUUGUGAUAUAGGUUUUCCAACAUGUAUCCUGCAAAAGCUCUGGUGGUAGAGAUCCACAUGCUACAACAUUGGCAAUAUUUAAGUUGCUAUCAAGCUACUCAUGGGACACAAAGGUGGUGCUAGCCUUAUCAGCUUUAGCGGUAAACUAUGGAGAAUUCUGGCUCGUCGCCCAGCUUUACCAUACAAACCCGCUGGCCAAAGCAGUUGCAGUGCUUAAGCAAUUGCCAGAAGUAUUCGAACGUGCUGACGCAUUGAAACCAAAGUUUGAGGAAAUCAACAACCUUAUCAAGGCUACUUUGGAUGUUGCAAAAUGCAUUGUUGAAUUCAAAGAGCUUCCAUCUCAGUUCGUCACUUCUGAUGCGCCAGAAAUGUCGAAUGCUGCUACUAAUAUCCCUACUGCUGUUUACUGGGCCAUCAGGAGUGUUGUGGCUUGUGCUACACAAAUUACUGACCUCACUGGCUUGAGCCAUGAGUA